AUGAUUUUCAUACACGCAGACAUGCCGGAGCACAUUGGUGCGGGAAGGCCGAACAUUGUGGACGACACGCUUCGGUCCCUGUCGCAUGGCGCCCACGUGCCUUUCGCCCACCUGGGCAACAACCGCGUCACCAUGGGCUGGAGCCCACAUGUGAUGACGCCACUCUGGAAGGGUCUCUUCGGGAGCAGCAUCGCACCAGCUGCUGGAGAAGUGAGCACCUACUGCUGCUCCCACUUUGUUGUGUCACGUGACCGG